CCCGAAGAUCAAGAUGUGGAGAUGGAGUCGGUUGGAUCACCAAACCGACACUCUGCGUCAGGGGAGUUUGAUCCUGACGACCUCGAUCUCAGUUGGCCUAUCCGCGCGGCGGUAGCAACAACGGCUACUGCUGCGACUGGAGGAAUUGGGGCCGCACCACGCAUUCGUGUGUGUGCAAUGUCGGAACUGAAGGAGUUUUCCGGAAAGGACGGCGACGAAGAUCGAGCUCGAUCUUGGGUCAGCAAGGUAAGAUCGGCUUUCGUCCGCGAUCAAGCGCCUGAUGAUGAGAAGUGUCUGGCGUUCGGUGAUUUGCUCACUGAUCCAGGGCGAAACUGGUAUAGGCAGCUGAGCCGAACAACUCGUACCACGUGGAAAGACCUGCUCCAGAGUUUCCAGGUCCAGUAUUGUGGGCGUGGUGUCUCGGUUGCCCGCCAGUACUACCAUGCUCGGAAACGAUCUGACGAGUCGCCUCUGGAGUACCUCCACAGGCUCAACGUCGCAGGCCUGCGGACACGUCUACUAGUCAAGGACGGACCGCCGGACGUGCGCCAGGAACAUGUGGAACACUUUAUCGAGACUUUGGAUUACCGCGAUCUAGCGGACCAGCUUGCCCUGCUUCGGAUUCCCGACGCGGACACUCUGGAAGAAGUUUUGCGAUCUCGCCAGCGUGCCAAAGCGCGACAGAGCAAGACGGUGUACGGCUCGAUUAAGCCCCGCCCGAAGCCGCAAGCCGCCGCCGGUGCUCGCGCGGUACGAGCGAUUCAGGUGCAGAGCGACAGCAGUGACUUGGAUGCAGGAUCCAGCGACUCGGAUGAAGAGGGAAAUCUGCGCCGAGUGUAUGCGACUUCAGCCAGUAUCGAUCAUGGAACGACUGAACAUCGCUCGGCCGGCCGAGAUCGGCGUCCACCGGAUCAAGAUCGAGGCCGUCAAGAUCGUCGACCGGGACAUCUCUCUAAAUCGAUCGACAUGGGGCCGCCCCUCAAGCGGUGCACUCAUUGCGGGUCUACCAAACACGACGAUCUGAGAUGCUGGAAGCGGCUGACGUGUGAAAAAUGUGGCAAGCAUGGUCACCCGUCAGAUCGCUGUCUCUUUGUCUACAAGGCCUGCGGCAAAAUCCACGACGAAGGAAGCUGUCCGAUGGAGGAAUUUUACAAUUUGAUCCGUCAGUGGUACAAUCCCACCAAGCACGGGGGCAUGUUGCCCGAGUCCGCGGAGAAGAUGUUAAACGAGGACGCUCGCCGGGUUGGAAUCCGGUACGAGACGAGCGUUCUCAGUUCUGCAUCUUUGCGUAUGUCGAGAAGCAGUCGUAGUCGACUGUAA